AGCCCCAAGCGCUAUGCCCUUCUCCCUGUCUCCCACAAGCCUUGCUCGAGUCUUGAUGCAGAAGAACCGCUCCAACUACAGCAUCGGGCCCCACCCAACUCCUUCCUCUAGGGUGUGUGCUUGGGAAGCAGAAGGGGCUUCUGGCCACUCAGGAGUUAAAAUGGCAGCGGGACCGGAGGGGGUUGGCGUGGCAAGCAGACAGGGAGGAGGCGACCAGAGUGGGCUGGGGAGGUUGGGAGCGCGGCGGAGCAGCUAGUGAGGAGGACGAGCGCGAGCAGCCGGGAGGGAGGAGGCGCGGCGGGGGCGCCGGGCGCCGCGGGCCUGCUCUGUGCUCGGCAGACGCGCGGCGCUCCGGGAGCGCCGGCCCUGGCCGCCAGCCUCCGGCCGCGGCGCGCAGUACUGGGGACACCUGCCACUCCCCUGACGCCCUCACAGGCUCGGCAUCGCGACCACUCCCAGGACAGGUGCAGGUUGGGGAAAGAAGCCCCGCCAGCUUCCCGGGCCUGGGUGGUGGCGCGUCGCGGAGCAACGUCCCCAAGCCGGGAGGCGAGCGACAGACAUAGGACGGCUGCCGCGCGGGCUGCCACACAAGGAAAUGAGUGAAUCCCAGGCCAGGGAACAAGGAUGAGGACCACACCCAAGAGGGCAUGAAGUGAUGCCCACCCACCCCACGUAGAAUGACUGUCCUGAGAGGGUGGUUCCCCAGACCCUGGCAAGGCUGCUGACCCUCAGUCUGCAAGUCACGAAGAGCAGGACUCUUCCUGUGGAGGGUCCCCUGCCUCCCAGCUCCACCAUGGGGCUCCUUGUGGCUGCCCUCUUGCUAUCCUGGGUGGUUGGUACCCCUGCCGCAGUACCCGUGGUGCCCUGGCGUGUACCCUGCCCUCCUCAGUGUACCUGCCAGAUCCGGCCCUGGUACACACCCCGAUCAUCCUACCGCGAGGCCACCACUGUGGACUGCAAUGACCUCUUCCUGACGGCAGUGCCCCCAGGACUCCCUGCAGGCACGCAAACCCUGCUACUGCAGAGUAACAGCAUCAGCCGGAUAGACCAGACCGAGCUUGCCUACCUGGCCAACCUCACAGAGCUGGACCUGUCCCAGAACAGCUUCUCAGAUGCCAGGGACUGUGACUUCCAGGCCCUGCCUCAGCUGCUGAGCCUACACCUAGAAGAGAACCAGCUAAGUCGGCUGGAGGAUCGCAGCUUUGCUGGGCUGACCAGCCUCCAGGAGCUCUAUCUCAACCAUAACCAGCUGUGCCGUAUCGCCCCCAGGGCCUUUGAAGGCCUCAGCAAUCUGCUUCGACUGCAUCUCAACUCUAACCUGCUUAGGACCGUCGACAGCCGCUGGUUCGAGAUGCUGCCCAGCUUGGAAAUCCUCAUGAUUGGUGGCAACAAGGUGGAUGCCAUCUUGGACAUGAACUUCCGACCCCUGGCCAACCUGCGCAGCCUGGUGCUGGCGGGCAUGAGCUUGCGGGAGAUCUCAGACUACGCUCUGGAAGGACUGCGAAGCCUGGAGAGUCUCUCUUUCUAUGACAAUCAGCUGGUCCAGGUGCCCAAGCGGGCACUGGAACAGGUUCCUGGACUCAAGUUCCUGGACCUGAACAAAAACCCACUGCAGCGUGUAGGGCCGGGAGACUUUGCCAACAUGCUCCACCUCAAGGAACUAGGACUGAACAACAUGGAGGAGCUGGUCUCCAUCGACAAGUUCGCCCUGGUAAACCUCCCUGAGCUGACCAAGCUAGACAUCACCAAUAACCCACGGCUCUCUUUCAUCCAUCCGCGCGCCUUCCAUCGCCUGCCCCAGAUGGAAACCCUUAUGCUCAACAACAACGCCCUCAGUGCCUUGCAUCAGCAGACAGUGGACUCACUGCCCAACCUGCAGGAGGUUGGGCUCCACGGCAACCCCAUCCGCUGUGACUGUGUCAUCCGCUGGGCCAAUGCCACGGGCACCCACGUCCGGUUCAUCGAACCACAGUCGACCCUGUGUGCUGAGCCUCCAGACCUCCAGCGCCGGCCGGUCCGGGAGGUGCCCUUCCGGGAGAUGACAGACCGCUGCCUGCCCCUCAUCUCUCCCCGCAGCUUCCCCUCCAGCCUGCACGUGGCCAGUGGACAGAGCAUGGUACUUCACUGUCGGGCACUGGCUGAACCAGAGCCUGAAAUCUACUGGGUCACUCCAGCUGGAGUUCGCCUGACACCUGCUCAUGCAAGCAGGAGGUACCGGGUGUCCCCUGAGGGGACGCUGGAGUUGCGGAGGGUCACAGCAGAAGAGGCGGGGCUGUAUACCUGUGUGGCCCAGAACCUGGUUGGGGCCGACACUAAGACAGUUAGUGUUGUGGUUGGCCAUGCGCUCUUCCAGCCAGGCAGGGAUAAGGGACCAGGGCUAGAGCUCCGUGUGCAGGAGACACACCCAUAUCACAUCCUGCUGUUCUGGGUGUCCCCACCCAACAUAGUCUCCACCAACCUCACCUGGUCUAGCGCCUCCUCCCUCCGGGACCAUGAAGCCUCUGCUUUGGCUCGACUGCCCCAGGGCACCCACCGCUACAACAUUACCCGCCUCCUUCCGGCCACAGAGUACUGGGCCUGCCUGCAAGUGGCCUUUGUUGAUGCCCACACCCAGUUGGCUUGUGUUUGGGCCAGGACUAAAGAGGCCUCUCCUUGUCACAGAGCCCUGGGGGACCGGCCUGGGCUCAUAGCCAUCCUGGUUCUUGUUGUCCUUCUGCUGACAGCUGGGCUUGUAGCCCACCUUGGCAGAGGCCAGACCAGGCGUGGUGAGAAGCCUCUCCUUCCAGUCUGGGCUCUCUGGGGCUGGGGCGCCCCUUCUGUCCGAGUAGUGUCUGCGCCCCUUGUCCUGCCCUGGAACCCAGGAAGGAACCCUCCCAGAUGCUCAAAUGGGGAGAGAUUGUCAGCACCGUUAUCUCAACAUUCCUGA